GACCGGACUUGGGAGCGGAGCGGGAAGCGGGCCCAUGGCCUCUGCCAGCAUCGACAUCGAGGACGCGACCCAGCACCUGAGGGACAUCCUCAAGCUGGACCGGCCGGCAGGUUCAGUGAACGAAAACCAGAGGCCACCCAACUCGUUCAACGGGGACUUGAAUGGACUGCUGGUGCCAGACCCCGUUGCAGCUGGCGAUGGAGCUCCCUUGGCUAAGCCAAUGCUCCGAACUGUUCCUCUGGGAACCCUGCAGGAGAAGCAAGUCAUCUGCCUUUCUGGAGAUGACAGCUCCACCUGCGUGGUGAUAUCGGCAAAAGACGUGGAGAUUGUGGCCAGCAGUGACUCUAGCAUCACCAGUAAAGCCAGAGGGAGCAACAAGGUAAAAAUACAGCCAGUAGCCAGGUAUGACUGGGAGCAGAAAUACUACUAUGGCAACCUGAUAGCUGUAUCAAACUCCUACCUGGCAUAUGCCAUUAGAGGUGCCAGCAAUGGCUCGGCUAUGGUGCGGGUACUGAGCAUCAGCACUGCCGAGCGGACCUUGCUGAAAGGCUUCACGGGCGGCGUGGCAGACCUGGCUUUCGCCCAUCUCAACUCCAACCAGCUGGCCUGCCUGGACGAGGCUGGCAACCUCUUUGUCUGGGGCCUGGCCAUGGACAAUGGGAAAAUCCAAGAGGAGAUCUUGGUGAACAUAAAACGACCUGAGGGCACCCCGCUGAACAGCUUCCGGAGAAUCAUAUGGUGCCCCUUCAUCCCAGACGAGAAUGAGGAGAGCGGUGAAGAGGGCAGCCAAACAUUGGCAUUGCUGCACGAGGACAGGGCAGAGGUUUGGGAUCUGGAUAUUAUCCGAGCCAACAACAGUUCCUGGCCGGUGGAGGUGACUAACAUCAAAGAGGGCUUCAUUGUGGUGAAAGGCCACAGCACGUGCCUGAGCGAGGGAGCGCUCUCUCCAGAUGGGACCGUCUUGGCCACAGCAAGCCACGAUGGCUAUGUCAAAUUCUGGCAGAUCUACAUAGAGGGGCAAGAUGAGCCAAGGUGCCUGCAUGAAUGGAAGCCCCAUGACGGCAGGCCGCUCUCCUGCCUGCUCUUCUGUGAUAAUCACAAAAAACAAGACCCAGAGGUUCCUUUCUGGAGGUUUCUCAUCACUGGAGCGGAUCAGAACCGAGAGCUGAAGAUGUGGUGCACCGUUUCUUGGACCUGUCUGCAAACUGUCCGCUUUUCCCCUGACAUCUUCAGUUCCAAGAGUGUUCCCCCCAGUCUGAAAGCCUGCCUGGACCUCUCUGCCGAAUUCCUGAUACUGAGCGACGUGCAGAGAAAAGUCCUGUAUGUGAUGGAGCUUUUGCAGAACCAGGAGGAGGGCAGAGCUUACUUCAGCUCCAUCUCGGAGUUCCUCCUCACCCACCCGGUCCUGAGCUUCGGCAUCCAGGUGGUGAGCCGCUGCCGGCUGCGGCACACGGAGGUCCUCCCAGCUGAAGAGGAAAGCGACAGCCUGAGCACAGAAGGGGCUCAGGGGGCUGGGGCUGUCGAAUUGGCGGCAGGUGUGCUGAUCAAGCUCUUCUGCGUCCACACCAAGGCCCUGCAGGAUGUGCAGAUCCGAUUCCAACCUCUUCAUAGUCCAGAUAUGGCUGCACCGAUCCCUCCCCACGGCUCCCAUGAAGAUUUCGCGUUUCCAGACCACUUGGCUGACCUGGGCGCAGAAGGGCUGGGAUCGGAGAAGGGGUCCGUCCAUGGCUCCCAACCAGACUUACGGCGCAUUGCAGACCUGCCUGUGCCAGCGGAUUUUCUUGCCCUCUCCAACGAUGCCAAACCCAAGCUGAUGACCCCAGAUGCGUUCAUGACCCCAAGCACAUCUCUUCAGCAGAUUGCCAUGUCGCCGGGAAGCAGCGUCAGUUCCCUGACUGCAGUCACAGCCAUGAGCAGCGCUUCCGUCACUGACCCCGCUGUGCCCAGGCCAUCUGAGGACCUGACUUUGAGCCCAAAGAUGCAGUUGGACACCAGCCUGACGCUGAGCAGCAGUAGCAGCAGUCUCCAGACGAGUCCUAGGAACCAUUCGGUCCUUAUCCCUGGACUCCCUGACAAGCUGACCCCAAAGGCCCCUGUCCCGGUCACUCCAGCAAACCCCCCUCUGGCUCUGGAGCUGCAGGAAGUGGAGCCCCUUGUGGUAGCCCAGGCCUCACCCACCCGUGAGCGCUCCCCGGACGUCAUUUCCUCAGCCUCCACGGCCAUGUCCCAGGAUAUCCCAGAGAUCGCCUCUGAGACGCUGCAGCGCAGCUUUGCCGCAGCCCCGGCCGGGCUCCCUGCAGAGGUGCUGGAGCCCAACCACCAUGCGGACAGCAUGGCCUCGGCCGCCUCGGCCUUGCACUUGCUGUCCCCGAGGAACCGGCACAGCUCCGAGCACAGCCAGCACUCCCUCGACAUGGCCCCCGUGGAGGUGGACAGGCUGACCACACCCUCGUUACUGGAGACUGCUUUAACUCAGGAAAAUGCAUCUUCCAACAGCGUCGUGAGCCAGCCGUGGCCAGCGGCCCCCGACAUCACCAGGGAAACCAGGAACAGCAUAGCAGACAGCCCAAGGGAUGACAUUGCAGAGAAGCACAAGAGCUCUUCCUAUCACAGGCACAGCUACCACCUGCUGCAGCACGACAGCCAGGAUGCCAGUGCAGAGCAAAGUGACCAUGAUGAUGAAGUUGCAAGUCUGGCUUCUACAUCAGGCGGGUUUGGUGCCAAAGCAUCUGCACAGAGGCUGCCUGUGAAGGACUGGAAAGCCAAGGUGUCCCCUCGGGCUUCCCCCAAGCUCAAACGGAAGGGCAAGAAAGAUGACGGGGACGUAUCAUUUGGCUGCCUUGUCUGCGAACAGGUGACCGCCGAGUGCCAGGAUGAGCUGAUGUCUCUGCUGCGGAGCCAACAGAGGGAGCUCACAGAGCUGAGACAGAACCAGAUGGAAUUAAUGCAGAGACUCACUGACCACCUGGAUGCUGUGCAGAGCUCCCUCAUGGGUCACAUGGAACGAGUGAUUGAUUCUCAGCAAGAACAAGAGCAGCGGAGGCUGGACCGAGCUCUGACAGAGGGGCAGCAGCGGAAUGGGCAGCUCCAGGAGCACCUGUCCCAGCAGCUCUCGCAGUCCCUCUCCACUGCUGCGUGCAAUCGCCUGGAGAGGACCAUCCGCGAGGAGAUGAAGAAGACGGUGCCCCAGUGCAUUUCCAAGAGCCUGGACCCUGUCACUGGGCAGCUGAGCAAUACGAUUGCCGCCAAGCUCACGGCUGUCGAGGGGACACUGAAGGAAAACGUCACCAAGCUAGUGAAAUCAAAGAACCUGACAGAUGCCAUUGCGAGGGCAGCGGUGGAUGCUCUGCAGGGGCCCAUCCAGUCGGCGUACAGGGAGGCGUUCCAGAGCGUUGUGUUGCCGGCGUUUGAGAAGAGCUGCCAGUCCAUGUUCCAGCAAAUCAACGACACCUUCAAGCAGGGGACGCAGGAAUAUAUCCAGCAGCUCGAGACUCACAUGAAGAACAAGAAGGCGCGAGAGCAGGAGGCCCGAGACUCCUUGCUGGGCCAGCUCCGGCAGCUGAUCAGCACCUUCCAGAGCAGCACAGAUCAGCUGGCCUCCACCGUCACCACCAGCGUGCACACCGAAGUGCAGCAUCAGCUGCACGUCAUUGUGGGCAACAUGCAGGACUCUAUUCUGACCCAGGUGCAGAGGGUCAUCAAGGGCGAGGUGAGCCUGGCCAUGAAGGAGCAGCAAGCGGCCGUCACCUCGAGCAUCGUGCAGGCCAUGCGCUCCGCAGCAGGCACGCCCAUCCCCUCUGCUCACCUGGACUUCCAGUCUCAGCAGACUCACGUCCUGCAGCUGCUGCAGCAGGGCCGCCUCAACCAGGCUUUCCAGCAGGCUCUCACGGCAGCUGAUCUGAACCUGGUCCUAUACGUCUGUGAGACGGUGGAUCCUCAGCAGGUGUUUGGACAGCACCCAUGUCCGCUCUCCCAGCCCGUCCUCCUGUCUCUCAUUCAGCAGCUCUCCUCGGAUCUGGGCACCCGCACCGAACUGAAACUGAACUACCUGGAGGAGGCCGUGAUGCACCUGGACCACAGCGACCCCAUCACCCGAGACCACAUGGGGUCGGUCAUGAACCAGGUGCGGCAGAAGCUCUUCCAGUUCCUGCAGGCGGAGCCCCACAACACCCUGAGCAAGCCGGCCCGCCGCCUCAUGAUCAUGCUUCAGGGCCUGGUCACCCCCAGCAUGACCUAACGGCGCCCGGCUGCCCUGCGGGUUGCUGCACGGGAGCCCGCCCUGCAGAGCCAGUAGUUACUAACCCCGUGUGGCUUGUGUUAAGAGCUCUUGCCAGGUAAAUGUGUGGUGUCGCUAAGGCUAACGCCAGCUGUGUAUAGCCCCAAAUAAUCACUCCACGCUCACUUGGCUUAUUUUCUUAAACAGCCUCUUCUGGGAGUGCUGGGCCUCUCGGCACCCACCCCCGUCCGUCCCUGAGUCACCACCACCUGUCACACGACAGCACGGCCAUUCCAUUGCUUCCCCCUUGAGUUGGGCGUUUGCUCCCAGGAGUGGAGGAGAGGGGUGUGGGGAUGGGGCUGUGAGCUGGGCACGCAUUCCUCACUCCCGGGAGGGGGCCCCAGGCUGAAGUCCAGGAGCCCACAGAAUCCUUCCCAGCCAGAUAGGGGGGAAAUGGUUUCUGUUAGCCCCUUGGUUCCCACAGUGGCACUGGCCUAGCAGCAAGAAGCCUGGCUAGUCCCCCAUGCAGGGCGGGUCAGGCACCAGCAGGGGGCAGUGUGUGCACAUCUCCUGCAUCGGUUCUGAAGGGCGAGCCAAGCGGGGCAGGUUGGUCAGGGAGCAUCAUGUUGUGAGCCCCUCCUGUGUGCUGGAACAUGUCCACGGAUCAGACCUUUUCUUCAGUUCAGAUUUUACACACGUUUUUUUUUCUUUUUAUCUAAAAUUUGAAUCUUUCUUUUUUGGAUAACAUUAAGAAACGAUCAAUAAACAACUUUUGGAGAAAAACCGA